GAUUUUUUUAUCACUUUUAUAUCUUUUUUAAUCAUUCUCUCUAUCUUUAUCAACUUUCUCAAUAUAUACCACCGAUUUGUAAAACAUGCAGCAGAUGUUGCCAAAUAUUCGAUGUGGAUGUUUCAGAGUAGAAAAAUAAAAUGCACAAACACCUUAAAGAAGUAAAUUUAUACCUAUAACUUGCACGCUCCGCCAAACGCCAUCUUCGCCGUGCAUUUGGCAACAUCUCUUGCUAAAAUUGUAAAUGUUUUAUCAUAGAUUUAAGUUUCCUUUUAUUUUGAUUUAAUUUAUUUUUUCAAUAUUGAUCUACACAAUUGCCAAAGAUUUAUAUUAUUAUUUUUAAUUUCAAUUAAAUUCGAAUAUUGAGCACCAAUUUAUUUUUUGCUGCAAAAUUUUCCUUUUUUGUACAAAAACAAAAAUCUUGCGUUGGAUCACAUGAUGAAUCAAGAAUGUUAUUUUGUUUAGCUGAUCCAUAAAUAGAGAAAAAUUGAGUAAAAAUUGAAUGAUCGCCAUUGCUGAGUUGCUUCUGAGGUAUUUAGCAUAGGAUGUCUGCAAUACCAACAAUAUCCAUCACUGAGGAGCAUUUUCCAGACGAUGUUGCCGAAGAGGCAACCGAGACUACGGGUUUGAAUAUCAACGACAUCCAUACUGAUGUUGAAAAUUUGGACAGUGGUGAUGAAGAUUUUAAGCCGAGCAAGAGAAAAUCAAUUAGUCUGGGGGUGAAGAAGGCAAAAUGUGACGCUUUAACUGAUGUAGAAGAUAUGAAUGAUUCCGGAUCAGAUGCUGAAGAAGCUAAAUCUGCCGAUGAUAUUGAAAUAUCCUUGGAAGAAUUUCUCGAUCAAGGAUAUGUUGAAGAAGCAACAAAAUAUGCAGGACACAAGCAACAUAUGUCUGAUGCACCACCCAAAGAACCAAAACGUCCUAAAACCUUAGGUCUAUCCCUAGGAGUGGAAGCAGAUGACAAAGGAGCCGUAACCGAUUGUGAGAAUAUGAAUGCAUCAGAUGAUGAGGAAGAAUCAGAAAAUUUUAACGAAGACGACAAGCCAUUAGUUUUGGAAGAAGCUAACACAGUUGAAUCCCAUGAUUUAGUUAAAAAUGAUUCAGGUGCUUUUGCACACACCCCGAUACAUUUGACUACAACCGGAGAGAGUACAUCUUCAUCUGAAGAAUCCCUAAAUGAAGCAGAUCACGUGAAGCGACAUCUUCGAAAAGGUUUCAGAGCAAAGCAGCAUGGUCCACCUGUUUCAGAUACAGAGAACAUCAUGUUUUCUGACAAUGAAAUGCAAGGCCGAAGUAUAAGAAGGAAAAUUCCCCUCAUCCUCGAUGGAUGGGAAGAGGUAACAAUUCAAUUGAGUGGAGAUGAAGAUGAAUCCGUUAAGACUCCGAUGUUUCCGGAAAUUGAUAUUACUUUUGCUGGAGAUCCCACAAAAGACAAAGGAGCGAAAGAAAAGCAAUCACAGCUACUAAAGGUAGAUGAUGCUGAAGAUGGCCUUACAGACGUUGAGAAUCUCAAUUCAUCCGAUGACGAUGAAGACGAUGAUCAGGCGUCGAACACAAAGCGAAGGCAACUAAUCCCACCGGCAGUUUUAAAAUCAAAUACUGGAUUUCUAACAGAUACUGAAGAUGUAGAUGAGGUGGAGAGUGAACUUGAAGAUACACCUGAAAUUUCCUUACCUGCUCCAACGCGUGAAUUGGUGGAGGUAAGAGAAGAUCGGGUAAGGAAACAGGUAAUAAAACCAUCUUGCGGAGAGACUUUGGGCAUUAUUGGUGGUUACAUAGAUAAAGGAUUGACUGAUGUUGAGGACUUAUCUGAUGAUGAAGAUAGUAGUCUUCAUGAACAAACAACAUAUACAAUUGAUCGAGCUCCUGAUCUGGAGAGUGGGAAUACUUUUGUUGCUGAAAAGCUAACAGCAGCCUCAAAGUUGGCAAUUAGUUCCCAAACUCCUGAACCACUAACAGACACGGAAGAUCUAUGUCAGACAAGCCAUCCGUCGCGUAGACGGAAACACAAGCAUCGUUGCAGUGGUCGGGGCAAGCCAAAGCUCUUAGAAAUAAAGAAUCAGUGUGUUGACGGUGGUACUGAUAUAGAAGAGUUGGAUCUUAGCGAUACGGAAGGGGUGAAAAAUACCGAAGGGGGUAAACAUAAAAAAGAAAAACGUACCUCAAUAGCCGUCCCGGUGAUUGUUAGCAAUGAUGGAGCAACAGAUGUGGAGUACGUGUCUGCAGAUGAUUUACUGACCUACGAAGGCAAUAUUCCAAAUAUGGAAGCAAGUUCCCUUGCAGGACAUACUUUUGUGUCCACAGUUCUGGAUACAAUUGGUGGGCCAGAUGGACGAAAGAAAGUAGCUCAUGUUCCGGUUAUAAGGAAAGUUUCUCUGGUUCCUGAUGGUGUUUGCUGUUCACACACGGAUACAGAAGACGUUGGGAUGCCCUCUGAUCAGGACGACGAAACUUACUCACGCGCCAGAACAGCUACACCCUUUGAAGUUCAUCAAGCACUCGAUGAUUCUUCCUUUACAAUUCACGACAGAAGCAUCAAUGCCUUCGACGUACAGACGGAAAAACUUAACAUCAAAGGACAUCGGGAAUGCCAGGAAGCUCACACAGAUGUCGAGUACGUGGACGAUGAAGCGAGAAGGGAGUAAGCGAAGACAACAAAUGAGGUGAAUCCUCUGGACCUGAAUUGCGAGAACUGGACAAGGACAAAGAAAGG